GACUUGAAGCCUGGCGGUGGGUCUCAACCGAAAAUCACGAUGUCAAAUUCCUUGAGACCGUAUCUUUCAGCUGUCAGAUCGACGCUAACGGCGGCACUUACGCUGCAGAAUUUCUCGUCACAAGUCGUCGAGCGGCACAACAAACCAGAGGUGGAAGCAAGGGGUUCCAAGGAAGUCCUCCUCAAUUCAUUGACGAUCUCGCGUAACGAGAGCGAGCGCGUCUUGAUCGAGCCAUCCAUAAACUCGAUACGCAUGAGCAUCAAGAUCAAGCAAGCCGAUGAAAUCGAGAACAUCUUAUGCCACAAGUUCACUCGCUUCAUGAUGCAAAGAGCAGAGAAUUUCAUCGUCCUCCGCCGGAAACCAGUCCCAGGAUACGAUAUCUCUUUUCUAAUUACCAAUGUCCAUAGUGAAACGAUGCUCAAGCACAAAAUCGUCGAUUUUAUCAUCCAAUUUAUGGAAGAAGUGGAUAAAGAAAUCAGCGAGAUGAAGCUUACUCUAAAUGCUCGAGCACGUACAGUUGCGGAGUCCUACUUGAUGGCGUUUGACUCGUGAAGUAGUGCAGUCGUCUACCGGCACAACCGAGCUCAUCCGCUACAGGAGACAGUUGUAUUUCACAAUAUUUCACUGUAAAUAACGAGCUGCGCAGCA